AUGACCAGAUCCCCCUCCUCCUCUCCCAACCUCUCCCACGCCGUUGCGGUCGUCACCCCACGUAGCCGCCCCCCACGAUCCUCUACCGAAUCGCCUCCCCGGCAGUACCGCGAGAACGACGACCUCUUGUCCAACCUCAGCCCGCGCACGGCACUCCAUACCAUACGGAACCCUACGGGGGAAUUCAGGGCAUGCAUGGCUUCCGCCUCCCCAACCGAGCAAGCCUUUGCUCUCCGAGCCGCCGUUGCUAGCAACAAGAUCCAGGAAUGGCUCGAUGAGCUCUCUUCGUGGUUAUGGCCGUCCGGCGCUGGCUCCGCUGGCUUUCAGGUGCCCGACCCGAAGAGAAGGAAGUUUGAAUCCAGAUCAGAACUACCUGACAAGCUAUAUUGUGGCAGCCUGCCUGCUACUGAGGUUGCCCGAUAUGAGAAGCGUGUGGAGGAGAUCUACAAGAGCAUGGAGGAAAUCGAUAUCGAGGAAAUCAAGAACCAUGUUUUGCGCAACCAUAUUGUCCCGCUAUCAACAUCCGGCUCCCCGAUCCUGGGCUCGAACCGAUCUCCCCCAAGCUAUGCCCACAUGGACGACCUUACGGCAUUUCUCACGGCCACUAUCAUGCAAACCCUACCAAAUUUGGCUCGUCUUAGCAGGCUCCUAAACUCCUGGAGCAUUCGAUUGCUUGUUCUGAAGAGGGUUCCCGCCUUCCUGGAUACUCUCGCCGAUGGAGAAAUUGCUCUUCAGUCUGGACGGAAUGUAGCUGGGUUGGAUUCCAAUGCUCGCGCGAUACCGAAUAGGCCGCCUUCGCCGCUAUCAUGGGCCGAGUUCAACGUGAUGAAGUCAGUACUGGAGAAGAAAGUCGCAAAGGCCGGUCGCGACCUAGACGUCAUGCUUGACAAUCUGGAAGGAUGGGAAUACACGCUUCCUGACGAAUGGCUGGACCGAGUAGAGUCUCUAGAGAAGCAGUAUGGCGAAUGGGUUGCUGCUUGCGAGCUCAAGAUCAAACAAGCAGAUUUGAAGAUUGUUGCGCCAAUUAAUAGCGAUACCACUGCCAAGCUGGACUUGGAUGAACGCAAACAACAACAGACGAACGUCGAUGUCCCUCCCCUAAUCAAAGUCCAUGUUCCUCUGGACGGAAUUGACGAGAAUGACGCCGAGAAGGGAGAAAACGACUCUUGGACCUUUGUGGACGAAACUGCAGCACCCGAAACCAGUGAAGAGCGCCUACCCGCAGAAGAUCGUUCUGUGGGCGGAUUUGACGGAUCUGAUAUCGACGAAGCUCCGGCACCAGGGAUGAUGCCAUCUCCUAAUAUUGUUGCUAGUAUGAAGGGCUCCAGGCCUCAUUCCUCCAGUCUGAGCUAUGCGACAUCCGAUGGCGAAUAUUUCGAACUGGACCCCUUUGAUUCGGACUUCGACUUCGAUGAUAGCGUCGAGCAUGAUCUCCCUGGCUUCCCCCGCUCGAGACGCGGUAGCAACUUCUCCACCACUUCAACCAUUGUGUUUGGAAAUCGUGCACUCGAGCAGGAGACUCCGGAUCGUUCUCGAAGACGGAGUAAGGAUCUUGACGGCAGUCUUUCGCGGGAUGUCAGCCCGCCAAGCUCUCCUCCACGCUUCAGCCGAUCGAAAUCAAGGCUCAGGUCAUUGUCGCGCGGGUUUAACGACAUGCCAACUGUGGCGGAGUUGCCGGACUUUGACGAGUCGAAUUUUGAUUCAUCGGGUAUCAAUGAGGACGGAAGCCCAUCCAAGUCUAGUGCUGGAAAUUCGGAAGAAAAGUUGGAUCAGCUCCAGCAGCAAAUUAGUGAGAUUUUGGAGUCUGUGCCGGCUAAGAUCCGCCUCACCUCUGAACCCUCGCCGAUUAAUUUGAAUCCUCCCGAUUUCACUGCGCUAAACAGGAAGUCAUCCAAGCCGGAGCUGCGAAACCGGAGUCAGUCCAGCUUGUCGACGAGGUCUACCUUGUCCUCUCGUGCCGGGACACCCUCCUUUACGCUUGCCCCGGCGCCUUCCCGCAGUUCCAGACAACGCCACCGCGGCAGCCAUCGUGACAUCAAGAUCUACCACCUUACGAGGAACAAUGGUGAUGCCCCUAUCAAGCUGUUCAUCAGAUGCGUUGGCGAGCAUGGCGAACGGGUCAUGGUACGAGUUGGUGGUGGAUGGGCCGAUUUGGGCGAGUAUCUGAGGGUUUUCGCCAGUCACCAUCGCCGAAACGUCGUGCUAGAUGGCAAGGUGGAGGUCAAUCUGCCUCGUGUAAGAGCCGGUGGCUCUAGCUCACCCACUCGGCCGCCAUCCAGACGGUCUAACCAGGAUCGACAAUCCCCUCCCGAUACUCCCUUGAACGUCCGCAAGACUAGAAAGUCUGCGGAAGCAAGCGAGGAGAACGCCGGAACACCCAAAGCGACUCCUAGAACGCCCUUCAUCCCGGCUGGUAAAGCGACUGCCGCAUCAUCGCCAAGACCCCCAUCAGCUGCAGCCCGCUCCCGUUCGAUUUCGACUCGCUCUCGCUCAAGCUCCCGCCUCAGUCAUCGUGGCGAUGAGGAGAUUGUGCUUGGAUUGGCAGGCCCGCGGACGAAGAACAUUGAAAUGAGCGAGGAGGAUAAGGCGUGGGUAGAGGAUAUGAAGGCUAAAGUGCAGAACGCCUCCAAUAUGAGCCGCAAAGUGUCGGAACCGCCAGCUCUUGCAGAUGGGAAGUUCGGCGACAUGGGCAAGGUUGGCGGAACGAAACGGGUUUUCAAGCGUCAGGGAGGGCUGCCUUGA